CGCCACCUAUCGCCUCCUCAUACGCCGCCGCGGCGCGCCCCCGCGACCGUCCGUUCGUCCCGAAUCCACGGCCCUGGAUCCCCUUCUCCCGCCGCCUAUAAAAUCCCCACCGGCCUCGCGCGCCGACCGGCCUCGCCGCGAUGGAGGUGGAGGCGGCGACGCGGCGGUUCCACCUCUGGCUCCGCGGGCUGCGGGGGCUGCGGCGCGAGCUCCGGGCGGCCCGGUGGGCGGACGACCCGGCCCAGCUGGGCUCCCUGGUGGGCCGGUUCGUCGCCCACGUGGAGUGCUACACGGCGGCGCGGGCGGAGAUGGACCCGGUGUGGACGCUGUCGGCGCCGUGGGCGAGCCCCGUGGAGCGCGGCGCGGCGUACUGGCUCGCCGGGUGGCGCCCCACCACGCUGGUCCACCUGCUCUACACCGAGUCCGGCCGCCGCUUCGAGGCGCAGCUCCCCGACCUCCUCCUCGGCGUCAGCUCGGGCAACCUCGGCGACCUCAGCCCGUCGCAGCUGGCGCAGAUCGACGACCUCCAGCGCCGGACCGUCGCCGAGGAGGACGGGCUGUCGCGGGAGAUGGCGCUGGUGCAGGAGGGCCACGGCGCGGUCGCCGUCGGCGGCGGGAUCGACGUCGACGGGAUAGUGGGCCGGGUGCGGGGCGUGCUCGGCCGCGCCGACGCGCUCCGGCUGCGCACCGUGAAGCGCGCGGUGGAGAUCCUCGAGCCGGCGCAGGCGGCCGAGCUGCUCGUCGCCGCCGCCGACAUGGAGAUCGGCUUCCGGGAGUUCGGGCUCAAGUACAGCUCGGCCCGCAGCGACUAGCGCUUCCACCCCGCGGCCCAGCUUACAGGCCCAGUUUUUUUCUCCAAUACUGUUGGUUUUACUGGGCCGAAAAAGCCAUAAAAUCUUAGUGAGUGGUGUGCUGGGACGUGGCUGGGCAGGACUAGCCCUCUGUUAAGAGAAAAAAUGUAAUAAAAUGCAAGCAACUAUGAUCGUUUUUUGCUGUGCAAAGCUGAUGAUUCACCCAUGAUCGAUUGCUCGAUCCGUUUAAGAUGCUA